AUGUCACGAAUGCGGGAUAGACAUACUCGUGAAGAAGCAGAUGCAAAACGGCUCAUAAAAAAGGGCCUAACACCUGAGCCUUAUCUUUAUGAAAUUCCAGAACCAGGCGAACGCUUUGAGUAUAUUGUAAUUGAGAAUGAUUCAUCACAGAGGGUAGGCGAUAAAAUGGAGUAUCCAGAAGUAGUGAGACGAUUAGGUAAAAAGAUUGAUAUCAGCUACUAUCUGAAAACUGUUGUCAGCCUCUGUGCACGAUUUAUUAACUAUGAUGAAAGUUUCCAGCCAUCAUUUGAAAUUGUGCUGGAGGCCUUAAAAAAGUUAAAAGAUG